AUGCCCAUGGAAAUCGUGGAAAUAAUUGCCAGCUUCCUUCAGUAUGGGGGCCUAUGCUCAUUACGGUUCACAUGCAGACUCUUAUAUGAGAGAAUUUUGCGCUGCUUUGGCGUCUUCCUGGCGACUGUGCCCCUGGAUUUUUCGUCUCAUAGUCUGCAGAGACUACAGGCUAUAUCCAGCCACCAGUAUUUGAACCAAUACGUCCAGUGCCUUUCUAUCAUGAACCAAACUCAUAGAAAAUUGGGGAUAGACCUACGAUGGAAUAGGUCGUCUUCUGGGUGUCUCAUUGUCCCUCAACAUAUAGUGGAUAUUCUCAGCGAUGUCCUAAUGCUCUUGGUCAAUUGCCGCUCGUUCGAGGUCCAUCAUAUUUAUCGGCGAGAGCAUCAAUACACUUCUAAUUUCUUAGGGGGAAGUGAUGCGAUAAAGAUUCUCCUAUACAUUAUGGCUGAAACGGCAUUCCCGGUAAAAUCACUCAUGCUUGAGCGUGGAGUUGCUCGAGGAUGGAGAUACGGUGAUCAUAUCCAUGGGGAACGCCUGGAUAUUGCAGCUCUUCAUAAGUUAGGCGUUCGAGCUGGGUUGUCCCAACUUCAAAGCCUUACGUUAAACUUUUAG